AUGACACCGCUGCCUCCCAUGAACGUGAUCGAGAAGAUCUUAUGCCACCAUGCCGUGGGCCUUUCUGUCCCGUGCGUCCAAGAGGGAGACGUUAUUUGCGUCAAAUCGGACUGGACUCUUGCCAGCGAGCUCACAUUCCAAGGCAUGGACACGCUAUACUCGUCCAUCGGGCGACCACGGCUGCACCGCCCUGACCGUUUCUGGUUGGCAGUGGACCACACAGUUGACCCUCGCGUGAACCAUCUCCCCAAGCAAAAAGCACUGAUCCAAGUCGCCACCGAUUUCGCCCAGGAGCACGGGUUGACUGACUUUUGGGGACCCAACACUACCAUCAUGCACACCGAGUUUGCACGCCAACGUGCACAGCCAGGUCAAAUUGUAAUUGGAGCCGAUUCCCAUACAUGCAGUGCCGGUGGAAUGGGCGCGUUUGCGACGGGACUUGGCGCUGGCGACGUCGUGAUGCCGCUAGUGACAGGCCAAACCUGGUUCAAAGUUCCCCCAGUCGUGUACAUCGAGUUAGUGGGCAAGCCUCCACUUGGAAUGGGCGGAAAAGACGUAAUUCUCCAUAUUCUGGGCACUUUGAAGCGGAACACCAUUGCCUUUGAACGUGCCGUCUAUUACGGCGGUGAUGGCCUCCGUUACCUCUCCGACGACGCGCGCUUUGCGAUCGCAAACAUGACCACGGAGUUCGGUGGCAUUGCGGGUGUGUUUGCUGCGGACGCGAUCACUGCCGCCGUGUGCGCUAAGCGCACCUCGCACAAGGACGAAGGUCUCUACUUUCAGCCAGACCCGAACUGCACUUACGCAGCCCACCACGUGAUCAACCUCGACGAAGUGCGUAGCACCGUGGCCAUUCAUCCAUCGCCGGACAAUUGCGUUCCUAUCGGUGACGUUGCUGGCAUGCCUCUUGACGGAUGCUUCAUCGGUGCGUGUACGACGACGCAAGAAGAUUUGAUUUUGGGCGCGUUGGUGCUGCAGCAAGGGCUGUUGGCCGGCUGCCCCAUUACCCCUGGCAACAAGCGCGUGACACCUGGUUCCCUUCAAAUCGUGGCGCACCUCCAAGAACUCGGUCUUUUGUCCAUCUACGAAGCGGCAGGAUUCACUGUCGGUGUUCCAUCGUGCUCGUUCUGCGUUGGCAUCGGCGCGGAUGUAGCUCAGCCUGGCGAGGUCUGGCUGAGUAGUCAGAACCGCAACUUCCGCAACCGCAUGGGAAAAGGCUCCAUCGGCCACCUAGCUUCUGCCGCAGCUGUCGCUGCCUCGAGUUUCCGCAUGCAAGUGACAGACCCGGCCGAGUUGCUUGCCAAAGUCGACUUUGCUCUGUUUGACGCCUAUCGCCAGUGGAACACCAGCGCGACGGACACCGCUCAAGCACCUUUUCACGUGUCGGAGCCUGCACCCGACCUCACACCCGUCGUGUUUACACGGCCACCCGCGGACGCUUCCGAAAUGCGUGCAUCCACCUCUUCCAUCAUGACCGGUCGUGUCCAGGUGUUCGAAGACGAUGUCGACACGGAUGCGAUCAUUCCCGCCCAGUUCAUGGGACUUAACCCAUCGUCCUCUCUCUGGCCCGCAGACUGCAAGACGGAAGAAGAGGUCCUCGCGAGCUAUUCGUUUGCGUACACACGGCCGGAUUUUGUCAAGAAAUGCCGGGAUGGGGCCAACAUAAUUGUUGCUGGGACGGCAUUUGGGUCGGGGUCGUCGCGAGAAGAAGCAGCGAGGUGUCUCAAGGCCCUGGGAGUCCAGGCAGUCAUCGCGAAAUCUUUUGCUUACAUCUACGCCCGCAACCAGCCCAACAACGCGCUGCUUGGCAUCGUCAUCACCGAUCCCGUCUUUCACAAGCUGGCCGAAGAAGGCUCGACCGUCAGCGUCGACCUACCGAAGCGCCAAGUGAUGAUCGGCGACAAAUCAUUUCCAUUCGCCCUUACGGCGCUCGAGGAGGCCUUUCUCGUCGAAGGAGGGCUCACGCAGCUCUUCAAGCGAUACAAAACCGACCUCUUUCGUGCCGCCAUGCAGCCCAAGGUGCCCAAGGAGGAAGGAAACUGCCAAACGUCUUCGUGCAGCCAAAAUACGCCCGUUGAAGCAUGGUAACACACGUGUGGACGUCGGCGAUGUUGUUCCUGUUUGUACUAUAAUUAAGCCUUGAACGAAAUCCAGCCAAGCAUGUGCCACAUGCAGAGAAUUUCGUGCCAAUAGAUACGUGCACGGCUAGUUACAUUCUUCCACCGUGACUUGCAUCUCGUACAACAGCAAGUAGGCGCAUUGGUCGGUGCCUGGUCCACCAAAGCAAUCCGUGUGCAGGUGGGUGUCGACGUCCCACGGCCGCACGAGGCUGUCGUUGAACUCCAUCCACGAGUUGUUGGUGUCGAGAUAAGCCUUGUAGUGUCCUGAGGAAGCUUCAUCGCCGCAGUGCACUACGAUGCCUCGGAGCACGUAUUCUUCCCGGAAAGACAAUGUCAUUGGAAAAGAAAGCCAUGAUGCGACCUUUUCGGUCGCCCAGGUGUCGUAGUUGAGGGUGAAUCGAUUGAGGUGGCAGAGCAGAAGUGGCGGCAACACGCUCAACGUCGAUUGCUUGGUAACUGUGACUCCACAGGACUUUUCGUCCCAAUCGAAGUCGUCGACAUACUCUGGUGCUGCCCACUCUGCAAGUGAUUCCUCAAGGGAUUUAACGCCCACCACAUCGAGGGACAAGCAGUGGAAUCCAGCCGUGCUGACGCGAAGUUCGCCCUUGUACCCGAUCGAGUACAGAAUGGAGCCUGUGACGCAUUCAGUUACCGGGUGAGAU